GAUGAGUUAUCCCAUACGAGCUAUAUGUGUUGUGGACGAUUUAAUACUCGUUGGACGAGGUAAUCAACUGCUAAUUUUUGAUCGUCAGUGGGAAUGCAAAGCACCACUUCAGUUUUUAAGGGUAGGAAAACCCAUAUGUGCUAUUAAACGUUUGAAGUGUGACACUUUAGUUUUGGUUUUUGGAAAAUCUUUUCAACUUCUGAAAUUGAAGAAAAUUGAAAGCGACCAAUUGAAAUUUGAGAUAACUGGAUCUGAAGUUUUUCUGAGGUACUGGAUAAUUGAUUGUCUACCUUCAUGUUAUAGCGAAACUGAGAAUCUGUCCGAUGAAAAGUCUGGAGGCAUUUUAUUCCUUCUUUCUUCGAACGUUGUUUUGAGGUAUGACUUGAACAGCUUAGGAACCUCAAAAAUCUGGAAGAACGAAGUUCCAUGCAUUUUGUAUUCAGGAUUGCUAUUUAAAGACCAGAAGACUCGAAUAGUGACUGCCUUUAGUGGAACAGUAUUUAAUACUGUUCUAAUUUGGAGUUUUAGUGAGAGUCAACAUAAAGUUGAUCAGAAGCUGGAAAGUGAAAAAGUUAUUAUUUCACGAAGACUAGAAGGACACGAUGGAGUGAUAUUCAAUCUGGAUUUUGAUUGGCGGACUCAAACUGUGGUAACAGCUUCUGAUGAUCGAAGUAUUCGAAUUUGGCAACUUCCCAGCGAAAAUGAACUCACAGAAGUAUUGCAUCCCUUGCAAACCUUCUAUUCACACAAAGCACGAGUGCAAAGAGUGCAAUUCUUCAAAGAAUUCAUUAUCAGUACCGGUGAAGAUUGCGUUGUGUGUGUUUUAAGCCGUGAGAGUCUCGUAGCUAAGUUUUCAGCCCAUAAUGGUCUGAAUAUUUUUGGACUAGAGAUUAACCUGCGAAGUAAUUAUUUCUUAACUGGCGGAGAGGACGGUGCUUUGCUAAAAUGGGAUGUGAAUUCAUUUCAGGACGACGUUACAAAAUUUGAAACACUGAAGGGAGCUAAUGAAUUUGUGUCAGAAGUAAGUAUUGUGAAGUUCAUAUCAUCAGAUGAAGUUCUCAUUUUGACUGCUAAUGGUGAAAUUCAUACCAAGAGUCUACACAAUGAUGCGUAUUUUAGCCUAAUAAAAACAAUUGUGCAGUUGACAAAUUAUGCGGUUUGUGAUGUUUCCGACUCUCAUUUGAUACUUUUUGGCUCUCUCCAAGGGUCUGUUUUAUCGAUCAAUCUGACUUCUCCCGAAAAAGCUGUUUGUGAGCUGCAACUAUCAGAAUGUAAAAUAAACUCAGUUCAUCUUAUUGGAGAACAUUUGGCAAUUACCUGUGCGUUUGAUAUAUUGUAUCUGAUUUCAACUGAAUCUUCGUCCUUGGUGAAAGUAAGAGAGUAUAGAUGGCCGGUUACAAGGAACAAUUGGCCAAAUUGUGUCUGUAAUUUGUCUGAUGUGUACAUGGCUUGUGGGGAUAGAAACGGAACUAUAUGGGUGUAUUCUUUGCCGAAGUAUGAAUUAGACGACAAAAGUAGCACAGAUAAGGCUCAUGAGCCAACUGAAGUGAUUACUAGAGCCCACAGCAAACUUGGAUUGUUGUCUAUGGUAGGGAACGGAAGUAAACUCUAUACAUCUGGGAGAGACGGAAAAGUGAACAUAUUUUUCAUAGAUUCUUCUAAAACAGACAACUCGAAUGUCCUGAAGUUGGCAAACACUAUACAGAUGCAUAAUUCAGUUGAUUGGAUAGCUAAGCUAAUCUUUAUUUCAAAAAAAUUGUUUGCAUUUUGCUUCAAAUCCGAGAAUUUCCUGCUGGUUGAGGUAGAAACUUCCCGAACAAUCUCUAAAAUUCCAUGUGGAGGAGGUCAUCGCAGUUUUGAUAUAAUGCUUUCGCAAAAAGCCGAAGAAUUUCGGUUUGUCUUUAUGAAAAAAUCUGAAGUUUGCUAUGUUAAGAGUUCGAUUAUAAAUGCGAGGCCGUUUACACAACUUUUACCGGCGCUUCACGGCGUGAAGAUACACUGUCUAGAAAUUAUUAGGAAAUCGGGAACUUGUUUUGUGAUCACAGGAGCAGAAGAUAACACUAUUCGGAUCUCGGAAGUAACUAAUUUUGAAAACCAUUUGAUGCGAUGUGUAAGCAUCAUUGACUGUUCGCCUUGCACGGUACGAACUCUGAAAGCAGUUGAGUUAGAUGAAAGUAAAUACUUGCUUCUCGCUUUCGGAUCCCGAUGCAUGAAAGCUUUCUAUAAGGUGAAUAUCCAUUCAGAUGCUUGUCAAAAAAUUCAAGUUCAACGAGUUAUGUUCGAUUGCUCCUCAAAAAACGAGGAAUCGGAUGAUUGUAAAUACUUAUCGGCCGAUUUUUUCAAAGACGAAAGAACGUUCGUCCAUAUGUUUAUUUCUUCGUCACAUGGAUACGUUGACAGCAUUUCUUUUAUCACAAAAAAUCUCGGAGUUUCGCAAUUAGAUGAUCAGAAAAUAAUGAAGUUGUCCACGAAAACCAUUUACAGACCGAACUCAGAUGAAAAAGUAGCAUCAUCAAUUAAUGUAAUCAAAUGUCUUGAUCUAAGUUUUAAGCACGAAAAAUUGCUAUGUUUUGGUGAUAAUUUCGGAGUCCUUAGGUAUGGAAACUUAACGGACCCGAAUGGACAAGAUGCAAUUGAUGUUACAGAUUUGAAACUUGAGUGGUUGGAUUUAUCGAAAGAGCUGGGACGAGUGACUUGCAUGGAGUCAAUGAAUGAGAAAGUUUUACUGGGGGGAGACAGUGCUAAUUUGGUUUUGUGUAAUUUAAAUCCCAAUUCUCGAAGACUGGAACCCAUGGUAGUUAUUACAGGUUGUCAUGCCGCUCAAGUUGUUGUGAAAAUUACAAACGGUCAACGGAAGAUUUUGGAGAAGGAGUUACAAUUCUAUUGGCGUCUGAAGUCGAAACCGAAAGCUUCCGAACUGGAAUUGAGGAUCCUUCAUGCAGUCGUGUUAUAGAUAUCUCAGAUACAUAUGACGAACGAAAGAAGAAUAAUUGGGGCAAAAUGAUUGUAGUUGCGGGAGAAGGUGUUGGAUUUGUGUCGUGAGCAAAACUGUUAGAGGUUUCAAAUUUUGCGGUUGUUGUCGGGAUUGUGGACAAUGCUGAUAUUGUCGGGAAAUGCUGAUAAUUUAGGGGAAAAAAUAAAGAAUAAAGAAGUGGUAAAAAACUGGUAAAAAACUGUUAAGAGAACUCAAAUUGCAAUGCUUCCAGUCAUAACUCACUAACGAAAUAUUUCGUUGCUGUCAGCGAAACAAAGAGAUGCAAAGUCUAAGCGAAGAUCAAAAGUGGCAAGAAAAAUGCAUCGAAAAACACGUAACAUACAAUUUCAUUUGCCAGUAUAAGU